AUGUCUUCUACAGCUCCUGGUCAGGGUACAAUACCUCCAUCUGACAUUGUGUUCCCUUUGCAUGAGUUUGACGACUCUCCUAUCAAUCGGUACACGCAACAUUGGACUCUACGAUUUGAUGCUGUUCUCGACACAAAGAAGCUAUGCGUGGCUCUCACGCACCUUCUCAGCCAGGGCGACUGGAGAAAGUUAGGUGGUCGGCUGCAGUUCAACGAGGCCGGCAAGGUCGAGAUCCAUGCACCAAGAACAUAUACUCAAGAACGUCCGGCAUUUCAAUAUUCAGAGGAGAUCUUCCCAGUGAAAACGACAGAUCACCCUGUCGCGAAGAACCUCCCUAGGGCAAGAGGCAAGGUUGAACUAUUUCCCGGCAUCACUUCACAAUUCAAUUCCUUGACCGUUGGCCCUGGAUGGGGACGGGACUUUGAUGAACACAUUCGUCACAAAGAGCCCGUGAUUGGCGUCCACAUAGCUCUCUUCAACGACGCAACAUUGAUCAGUCUUCGCUGGGUUCACCUGGUAUGCGAUUUCAUGGGAAUCAAAGCUUUGGUCCUGGCUUGGUCAAUGGACCUUUACGGGCGUUACGACGAUAUCCCUCCUUUUAUGGGCGCAUUCGACGAUCCUUUGAAGAAUAUUGGGUCAGUGCCGCCCGAGGAGCCUUAUGCUCUGGCUGAUAUGAAGCUGAGUCCUGAAGCUUUCAAAAAGACCUACGACACAUAUUUGGAGCAUGUCGCGGCAUACCCGAUAACUGUGCGACGCAUGAUGGUGCUGCCAGACUCGGCCUUGCAGAAGAUCAAGAUGAACUUCGUCGGUGGCCAUGGUUCGGAUAGGCUUGAAGUCAUUCCAAAAGGAGCACUAUUCAAUGGGCAAUUUGUAAGCGACGCUGAUAUCUUAUCUGCUUGGGCGGCGCGACUCUGCUGUAGUAUCCUUCCUGCGGUGGAUCGUCCGGUGCAUAUAAUGGGCAUGUAUGAGGCGAGACACUGUCUACCAGACACAUUUCCUCAAAACAAGGACAAGCCAGAUUCCAGCCCCGUUUUCAUCGCCAAUGCAACCUUCUCGACCUCGACCAACACCACGCUGCGAGCGCUUCGGCAGCAGCCGCUAGCGAGAACCGCCCUCAAGGUAAGAGAGUCUGUGGCGACCUUGACCACGGCCCCUCAGGUGCAUGCACAGCUUCAUCUUUUGCGAGAGUCAUAUGCGAAGGACAAAGAGAACCCGGCCGUCUUUGCGGCCGAGGACUCCUUCAUCUUGGUCGUGUCCAACUUCAGUAAAAUGGCCUUUUUCGACUCAAUCGACUUCUCCCCCGCUGUCAUCACCCCCGCUGAAGGUGGUCAUGGAAAGUCUCCGGGUAAGCUCGCUUGGCACCAGUGGACUUCGCUCGAGCACACCACGCAUGCUCGCAAUAUGUUCCAGGUGGGCGGCAAAGAUGGCCAGGGCAAUACGUGGAUGAUGGGACUCUUGCCACCCGAGACCUGGGCGCUGGUAGAGGAGCAUUUAGCCGGUCUCUCAGGGCCCAAGGCGCUAAGUAAGCUGUAG